UUUACACUCGCACCCCAUCAUGUACUGUUUCUGAAGCUCGUAUAUAAACAACGCAGAAUGACCGAAACAGCAGAUUAGGUAGUCAUUCCUGAUUAUUCUUUACCAAGCUCUCAUCUUUAGGAUGUUAGCAUAAAAAACGCUAGCUACGCCUCUGUCCGAUCAAGAACAGAGAAGCCCCAGAAGACGACGGAACCGAUCUGGCAGCGGCAGUCGAUCUCGCGACUCCAGUCCAGUCUUUGGUCCCAUGCCCAAGGCCCCCCAAAAUGAAGUAGAUCAUAAACCUCCUCGAAUAUUCGAGAUAGAGAGAAAUGACAAAGGGUUUCGUACGGAAAACCCCCGCGAAAGGUGCAGCAAUCAGCGAAGUGGCGGCAGGAAUGAUGAUCAACGCCAGAGACAAACGCCUUCAUCUCGUGCUCUGAUGACCAUUCACCAGUUGAAGAGUAUGUGGAAACAGAGGCUCAGAUUCAAGCUCAUCGGGUCAAAGAAGUUCAAAAAGAAGAAGACUAUGAAGAACCGCAAGCAGUCAGCGAGCAACUCCAGCAGCGACGGGUCAGAGGAGGAGGACACCAACGGGGAUCUGUGGGUGGAGUGGACCUGCAUUGACAAACACAUGGUGGGCCCAGAGGCCCCACUCACCCACCUGUCCCAGGACAACAAGCCUCUCGAGUGAGGGUGCCGCUAUGGCAGAAUAUGUGAAAGCAAGCAAGCGUAUCCCAAGAAGAGGUGAAAUCAGGUUGACUAGUGACGAAAUCGCAACCUUUGAGAUGUCUGGCUUCGUGAUGAGCGGGAGCAGACAUCGUCGUAUGGAGGCUGUGCGUCUGAGAAAGGAAAACCAGAUCAACAGUGUGGAUUAAAAGAGAGCCUCGGCAUCAUUCAACCAGGAGGAAAGAGGGAGAGCAAAAUCCUCUCGAGCUUCAGAGAAAUGGUGUACAGGAAAACUAAAGGCAAAGAGGACAAAUUAGCCUUUUUGUUCCUCUUUCGGGAACUUUCAGCUUCGGAUAACUUUUUCUCCCGGCAUUAUCUUUCGUUGUGUUUUUUUUUCUCAUCGUUUUGUGAUUUGAGAAUGUUAUUUCUUUCCUCUUUGUAUUGGGAAUUAGGCUUAUAUUACUUAUAUUUUAAAACCUCUCUGACACAGUG